GCCACUAGUACCUACUGUGAAUUUGAAAACCGGUACGAUUGUUAAAUAUCCUGCAGUUGUAAAUAUUCUCUAUCUGAAUGAAAUAAGAAGUCUUGCAUAAACGUUUUUAAAUCUUUAAGUCUAUGUUUCAAAAUGGAUACCAUAAACAAUAGUAAUGAGAACUUAGAGCAAUCUAUUCAAAUGCUUAAUCAAGAAAACUCUCAACGAAGGUCAUUUUUGAGGUUAAGCGGAAAAAGCACACCUUCUAAAAGACUAUCAUUACAAAACACUAAUUAUUUACGAAAAGAUGUGGAUGAUUCUCAUAACUUUAAUGACAUCAAUAGUUCAAGAAUGUCGGGCAAAUCCUAUCUUCAUUCAAGAUUAAUUAAAGCUCAUGAUCUUUUGGAUAUUGAUACUUCAUUAACGCUUGCUCCUCAUGAAGUACGAGAUAUAAUGGCUGCUUCAGAAAAAAGUGAAUUUACCUUGAGAGAAAUGAUGGAAGAUAGUAGUGCGACUGGCAUGAUUUUAAAAGCAAGGGAACCUUGGAGAGAUGUUAUGUCUAAACUCUUCUAUGAUUUCUUACAUAGUUUACAGGCAAACUUUUCAGAGGCACAGGUAUUUAAUACUAUUGCAGAUUUUAUACAAAACUGCACAGACACGUUAGAUAUAAUGAGAGGUAUGCAGUCAAAAGUAGAAACUACUGAAAUAUCAGAAGAUGAAAUUUCUUUAGAAAAUGAAAGGAACACAUGGAGACUUAUUUAUUGUUUAUACCAAAAUAGAAUAAAUAGUCUCAAUUUUCCUACUCCAGUCGAAAAUAAUAUAUACAUAUCAGAAAAAGUUGUAAUAGAUAAUUUGUUCAAAACUGAAAGUUACAUUAGAGAAUACCAGUUAAUAAUUGACUGGUUGGAGAAAAAUGCAUUAGACCAAGCGGAUAAAUAUCCAAUCACUGAACAUUUCACAGAUAAAACAGUCGCAUGGGAAAAUACUGUGAGACAAUUAUUAAUGUAUAAAGACAAAGAACAAAUUCCAUUUCGUUCAUCUAGACCAUUGGUAUCGUCUCUAGAUCCGGAUGCUCCAAUAAGAGAAGGAAAACCUCUCCAUGAUUUAGACAGGGAAGAUGAUGCAAGGAUGGAGAAGAGAAUGUUCAUAGAGGUUCGCUGCGGUCGUCUUCAGAAAGCACAAGCAUUAGCUCAAUACUGUGGACAACCUUGGCGAGCUGCUUGUCUGUUAGGAUGGAUACCUCAUCAUGAUCCUAACUAUCAAAACCCAUUAUCUGAUUCUAAAUUACCUAUUGAAGGAAAUCCUAACAGAAGUCUUUGGAAAUUAUGCGCUUGGGAACUUUCUCAGGAAAGGCGUGUAGGUCAAUUUUAUCGCACCAUAUAUGCUAGUCUUUGUGGAAAUGUUCAACAAAUGCUGCAAGUGGCGUCUUCUUGGCAAGAUGCACUAUGGGCUUAUAUGAAAACACUGUUAGACAUUAAAGUAGAAAGGGAAGUGAGAGAUCUAGUGGCAAAAAGUUUUACGGACAUGCCUGACGAUUAUUGGAAAAAUGAGAUCUCGUUAAAAGAUGUAUUUAAAGAACUUCACGCAUCGAAAAACCCUGAUAUUCGAGCACAAUCGAAUAAACCCGAUCACCUUAUUCAGAAAUAUCUGAUACUGGAUCAAAUACCAAAAUUGAUGGAAGAAAUAGAGGACAUGAUAUGUUCGAAGUCUUGCGAUCCUCACUUCUUAAGGUUUUUAGCGCAUCUAAUAUAUUUCUUUCGCCAAAUUGGGAAAAAUGCAAAAGAUAAAAUUGGAGAUAAAGUUCUGUUGGCAUACGUUCGCGUUUUAAUUGAAAUGGAUGAUCCAAUUUUAAUCGCUUUCUAUACAGCUAUGUUACCUCAAGAACUUCAAAUAACAAAUUAUGCCAGUUAUUUGGAGACUAUAAAAGAUUAUGAACAACGGAAAAAAUGCUUAGCUGCAGCAGAAGAUGCCAAUCUGAACGUAGAGGCAAUUACGAAACUAGUAGUAGAAAGCAUACGUUCUAAAAAUAUCGACGUCGAUCCCACUGAUUUGAAAGGUACUAUGACUGACGCGGACGUUGACAAGAUUAAUGCUCUGGAUUGGUUAAUAUUUUAUCAAAGUCAACGGGAAGAAGCAUUGUCGCAAACUAAUGCUCUUAUAAGAUAUUUUCUGACAAAUGAAAAAAUUGACGCUGCUAGAAAAGCUUUUAAUAAGAUUCCAGUAGAUUCCAUUGAAGCUAUUAUGGCUGAAUAUCCAACGCUAGAAGGUACUUUAACAAAUCUCACAAUGACAAAUAAUCUGUCGAAAAGAGCGUCUUCAACGAUUCGGGAAUACCUUUGUUAUAAAACUUAUCUCGAUGCCCAAGAAGGUUUCGCCGAAUGGUUUUCUCAUUUUCAUCAUGGAAAACCUACGCCGUUAGAAGAGUUACCCGCAUAUGCGACAUUUACCGAAAAAGUCGCAUAUGAACAUAAAAAAUCACAAUACAACGUAGAAAUGGAAAGGUGGAAGUCUACGAUGCAACAUCAUACGAAGGCAGUGAAACAAUUAUUGUUUAACGUAUUGUUAUUCCCGGAUGGUGGUUGGUUGGUUGAUUCAAAUAACAAUAACGACGAAUCAUGUACCCCUGAAGAAGCGACCCGCGAGCAUCAAAUGGAAAAGUUACGGGAACUUUGUAUUCCAAAAGUUACGCUUCUUUUACAUUCUGUGAUGACCGAAAUGAAUGAACACGCUGAAUGUAUACAAUUGGCAGACAUUCUUGCCUCUGAACAGUAUCAACUAUAUAAGGUGUUCCAAAAAGGAAGACUGCGCGAAGUGUUUAAGAAAAUCUGCGAAUCUUCUCUCGUCCUAAUGGAUCAAAAGAAAGAUCCUUGGGGAUACCCGAAAUAAAUUUAGCAAAAUUAAAUAAAUAGCUAAGGAAUAUAUUUAAUCGUAUAUGUAACAACGAAACAACGUAUUGGAAUUUUAAUAUCGAAAAAAUUUAUAGAAAAUUUCUUUAGCUUUUUUAUAAAACCAGUUUAUUGUCAACCACAAGAAGUGAAUAUAAAAUUUGAUACAAUGUUCAAUAAUUCAUAAUCAUAAUAUAUUAUAUACUUCAUGAUUAUUUAGAUGCUCCUUUUACCCAAUCAUUAAUAAAUGUAGCGCUGUCAAAGCUGUAGAUUUAACGCGUGAAAUAUUGCGGAGAAAUUCAGGGUCAAUGAAGGACAUAUAUUAUCCUGAGAUAUUUUCAUUCGAAUAAUAAUAAUAAUCAUCGUAAUUCCACGAUCUUUCUCUAUAGUUUAGUCACUUCUAAAUCUCAUACACAUCGUUGGUAUCCUUCGGACGUGGAUCUGCGUAUAGUGGAUAAAUACAUACAAAAGUGUUUAUUCGUAUAUAGAAUUUCAAAGAAGACCUUUUCAAAGGUUUUAUGUAUCGAACGAAAAGGUAAGAAUCAUGAUAAAGAACGAAGGUGGUCGUGAUGCGUGAUGUACAUUGGAGUCUCUAUUUCUAUAUUCAUAGGGUGUUGAUACUUUUUGCCGGCAAGAGCAGUCUUUUCAUAACUUGUUUUUUUUUUUUAGAGCAUUUUUCUCUCUAUAUGGUUUUAUGCGUACAUUUGCUGUCUUACUUUCCUCUUUAUUUCCGUAAAAAAGAGACCAAGAAAAAGAAAGAAAAAAAAAAAAUGAACCGAUAUUAUAAACGAACCAUCGCCUAUUCUCGUACAAUGUAUAGACUAUAUCAAGAAAGUUAACAUUGCACGGAAAUGUCUUCAUUCGUAGCUGAAUCAGAGGAUCAAGUAGGCUUUCGUAGAUUAUUUGUAAUUAUUCACCAAUGAAUCGAAACUAGAAAGAUAUGUAUAUCACGGAAUAAUUGACCAAAAUAUACAUGUUUACUCCAUGUUUA